UGCCGGCCAAUUCCCACUGAUUUAAGAAAGCCCGUUGAAAUGGAUAAAUAGGUCGUGUACACUUAAUCAAGUUGCUGAAGCAACCAAAAAAGAGAGAAGUGGCGCGAGUCUGUAUCUAGGGUUUUUGGAUCUGGGCCUCUUCAGAAAUCCUGAGCUUCCUAGCAAGCGAUUACGGUACUUCUUUCUCUGGAUUCUCUCUGUUCUCCUUUCUCAAAAGCGCCGAACUUUCAUUUGACUGUGUAUUCUUCCCUCCGAAUAAUUGAAAUUAGGAUUUUUUUCUUGAACUAGAUUUCUUGCAAGAAGUAAGGAAACGUCUUGAUUUUCUGAAUUUUCAUCUUUGGCAUACGAUAUUUUCUGUUGGGAGGAGAAUUCCGCUUGGCAACUGCAACCUUUGGGGUUUAUAUUGGAUCCUGCAUCCGGUCUUCUUUUGUGGCAUAUUUCCAAAACCCCAAACCAAGAACUAGUUCUCUAAAUUUGCAAGAUCUGUGGCUAGAUUAUGAAAUCUGAGGAGAGACCCGAACAGAAAUUUUUCCGAGCUUCUGAUUAUAAUCGAAAUCCUUCUUGAAGCUCAGAACUUUGAUAAAUUCCCGGCGGUCAAGGUCCGUGUGGUUUGUUUCAUCUCAUGGCAAAUCCAUGGAAAGCAGAGAUCUGUGACUGGAUUAUUAAAUCUGAGGAGUGAUUCGAAACCGAAAGGUCAAAGUUUUCAGAGCUUCUGAUCAUAAUCCUAAUCCCUUUCGAAGCAUAGAACUUUGAUGAAUUCACAGCGGUCGAGGUCCCUGAGACUUGUUUCAUCUCAUUGCAAAUCCAUGGGAGUAGAGAUAGUAGAGCAGUCAUCAACAGAUUCUUCUAUGGACAACACAGUGUACUGCUGCAUCGCGAAAGGAAACAGAAUUCUCUACUCUUACAACACCAAAGACCGUGAGCUUGAGGCCCUGGCGGCCCUCUGCCUUGCGAAUGCCCCACCCUUCCACAGGUGGUACUUCCACACUGUUGGGACAAGAACUUUUGGUUACUUGAUGGAAGGUGGAUGCACCUAUUUCGCCAUUGUGGAACCUAGCUUGGGGAAUCUGGAGAUCCUUCGGUUCCUAAAGCACAUCAGGGAUGGGUUCAAGAAGGUCUCAAUGAAUGGUUUCCAUGAUGAAGUGGUGCCCAUCAUCCGGCAGUUGAUCAACUCAUUGGAAAGAAUGCCUCGACCAACAACAAUUUCUGUUGAUGAGAGCUUGGAGGGGAAUGUGUCAAGUGAUAGUUCCAUAUCUGGAAGGACCCCUUUACUUGGAAACAGCAAGCAUGAUAAGAGGAAGAUGAAGGACAAAGUAGUUGAGAAUCAUGAAGUUUGUGAAGACCGUAUAGACAGAGGAGUGAAGAUCAACAUGCCACCAGAGCCAGUAGGCAGUAUGCCGUUGCAAAAGAGCUCAAGUUUGAGGAGGACUCAGGCACCGCAAGUUGGACAGAGGUUGUGGUGGCGACAUGUGAAAUUAGUUGUUGCUGCUGACAUUAUCCUUUGCUUGGUUUUGUUUGGUGUUUGGUUGGCUGUCUGCAAGGGUUUCAAGUGUAUUUCGGAUGGAUAGCUAAAUGGGUUAGAUUUGGAGAACAAGGAUAGUGCGGGAAUUGGAAGCAUGAAACACUUCAUUGGAUGUUAUUUUGAAACGUUUAUUUGUUUAGAAAUGAAAGAUGGAUGCAACAAAACUACCACACGGUUGAUAUUUCUUGUUGCAACUUUUAGGAAGAAUGGAUUAGGAGAUUUACUUGGCAGUUGUCAAGAUUAUUGAGAUAUGGUGUAUUUGUAUGUAUUCAUUUGCAUUUUUUUUUCACUUCAGUGUUACUACUGCAACAAUGGCUGCUUAUAUGUACUUCAUGCUCUUGUUUUGUGUGGUUCUUGAGCAAACAGAUAAAGCACGAUAUAAAAUGAUAUUUUCAGUUUCCUUUUUGACUU